AUGGUCGAUACCAAGAACGAGGGCAGCAAGCUUGCUGGCCCUGCGGGCAAAAUUGGCCGCGACUCCACCGCACAACAGCAGCAGCAGCACGAGAAGCCUCGUCGCGUCAUCAAGCCUUGUACUCAGCACGCGAGCUCCCUCGAGACCGCGGACGAUGAUGAGUAUGACGAUUGCUGGGACCCCUACUUUGGUUACAAUGGCCCGACCACAUCCCAAAUCACCUCUUCUGCCGUCAAUAUUCCAACACCGGAGUCUUUUGAGUGCUCCCACAAUCGGUUCGGUUGA